AGGGUCCUUCCGAGGCAGGAAGAGAUCGCAUUACGCAUGCUCUUUCUUUUCCAGCUUUCGUCCCGAGAGUGCCGCCACGAUGUUGAUGCCUAAAAAAAAUCGUAUUGCAAUCUAUGAACUCCUUUUUAAGGAGGGUGUGAUGGUAGCCAAGAAGGAUGUCCACAUGCCUAAGCAUCCAGAACUAGCGGACAAAAAUGUGCCCAACCUCCAUGUCAUGAAAGCAAUGCAGUCCCUGAAAUCUCGUGGCUAUGUGAAGGAACAGUUUGCCUGGAGGCAUUUUUAUUGGUAUUUGACCAAUGAAGGCAUCCAGUACCUGCGGGAUUAUCUCCACCUACCACCUGAAAUUGUGCCUGCCACUUUGCGCCGCAGCCGUCCUGAAACGGGCAGACCCAGGCCCAAAGGUUUAGAGGGUGAACGUCCUGCUCGUCUUACACGAGGAGAAGCUGAUAGGGACACCUAUCGAAGAAGCGCAGCUCCUCCUGGUGCAGACAAAAAGGCAGAAGCUGGUGCUGGGUCAGCUACUGAAUUUCAGUUUAGAGGUGGAUUUGGACGUGGGCGUGGUCAACCCCCUCAGUAGAAAACUGUUGGUGUUAUUUGCAUCUUGUGUAUAAUAAAAAGGUGAAAAAA